AUCGACCGUCUCAGUUCUGCUACUCAGACAAAGUUACGCUCGACACAAAUUUUAACUUCUUUACCUCAAAUUGUAUCAGAACUCUUCCAGAAUUCGCUUGACGCUGGUGCAAAGCAUAUAGAGAUUGGCAUAAAUUGUGCGGAAUGGAGCUGCUGGGUCACAGACGACGGCUCUGGCAUGAGCAGGGACGAGCUGAAUCAGUUUGGAAGCGAAGGACGGUACCGAACAUCCAAGGCAUAUAGUCCUGAUACAUUAGAUUGUCUCACUACAUUCGGCUUCCGGGGCGAAGCUUUGGCUUCUGCGGCAGAUUUGUGCUGCCUAGAAAUAGCCUCGAGGACAUCGCGUUCACGAGAAACGUGGUCGAUCAUCCUCAAAGACGGAAAAAUCCUCUACUCAGGAUCUGCCGUUCGUUGGCGAAGAGAAUCCCAUGGGACAACAAUUUGCGUCAGAGACGCAUUUUACAACCUUCCUGUUCGACGACGCUCACACCCGUCACCUUCGCGGACCUUCGAAAUUAUCCGUGGAGAAAUAGAAUCCUGGGCGCUCAUGCAUCCUGAAGUCUCUUUUGCUCUCGAAGAUACUCAAGCAAAGCUUCUUGGGUCUUCGAAGAGCAAUGUACUGAGAAUUCCUAAGACUUCGUCCUGUAUUAGCGUAUUUCGACAUCUGUAUGGGCGUGCUUUGUGUCAUCAUGUAGAAGAGGUAUCCUUGAUCUCAGGAGAAAUGAGACUGGAAGGCUUUAUCAGUCUUGAUGGCGCCUUAUCCAAGGCGUAUCAGUUUCUUUACGUCAAUCGACACCCAAUUCCAUCAGGAGAUCUACAUCGCAUAAUCGACAACAAGUUCGCCGCCUCUUCUUUCGCGAAGAACGCCUUUGAUGAGAUUGGAGCUACACAGCUAAUUUCUGUAGCUACCCGGCGCUCCCCGCGUAAGACAGAAAAAAAACCAGUUUAUGUCCUUAAUCUGGUCGUUUCACCACAUCAGAUUGAUAACUUGUUGGAACCUGCAAAAGGAGCGCUUCAUUUCCAGAACAAAACUGCCGUAGCGGAAUUUCUAUCAUCUUCGAUCGUAUCAUUCUUGGUCCGACAUGGGUUCAUCGCUCCAAGGAAUAAUACGUCGAGGACACAUGAGAUUAGUAGUAGUACCGGAUCGCCACGUAAACGGAAAAGACUCGACUUUGAACAAGACUCUGGAUACGCGGAAGUUAUACCCGAGGAAUAUGAGGAGGAAGACAUGACUGUCCCUCCGGCACCUCUGAACCUUUAUGCAGUAAGAUCUAACGGGAUCUCGGAAAAGCAUGGGACAAAUGAGCUGGUCUGGACGGAUCCUAACACCGGGGAGAGUUUCAUAGUUGAUUCUCGUACUGGUAAUUCGCGCCCUCAGACCCAACCUCGCCUUGCACUGGAAGAGACAGCUGAGAACCGCCACUUUCGUGUUUUGCGGCAAAGACGCACGUUGUCUCUGCCCAACACUAGUUCUGAAGAUAAGAGUCGAUUAAGACCGGCUCCAGGGUGGAUCCAAGAAGCCCUAGAGGCGAACGACACGUAUGCUAUCACCGAAAAAAGAAUAGCCGAAAUCACAAUUGGAUCCGCCGCAGAUACGCUUCAGCACAAUUGCCUCUCCGACCAGCAGACGCAUUUUCAGCAACGUCAGCAUUUUUCAAAGUUGUUUCUCUCCAGCAAAGGAGAUUCCAACGUACACGCACAGCACCGGUUCAACAAAGACGAUAUUCGUGGAGCCCGCGUCAUAAGUCAGGUAGACCGAAAAUUCGUUGCGUGUGUAUUCAACAAGGAUCUCGUUCACGGAGAUCUUCGAAAGAAUGAGUCGUCUCCUGAAAACUUGACGCUAAUCCUUAUCGAUCAGGCAACCGACGAGCGGAUUAGAGUAGAAAGAUUCUUGAAGGAAUUGUGCCUCGGCUUCUUGCGAAACUGUUCAGGUCAAGAGGAGGAAGGUGUAGAAAUGCGUCAUCUGACGCCUCCGAUGCCCGUUCUUUUGACUCGGCAUGAAGCCUCUCGGUUGGCUCAUUCUAAACAGAUUGAGAGCUCAUUCCAUAGUUGGGGUAUCCGUUUCGCUGACUUGGCUCAGAUUGAACUUGGAAUAGACACUAGUUCAAGCGAUUUUGACCGGGACAAUGAUAGAUAUGUCCAGGUUUUCACGGUCUGUGUUCCAGAAGUGGUUGCUGAUAAGCUUACAAUGGGAAACGAACUGCGGGAUCUGGUCAAAGGGUAUCUUGCACAGUUGGAGUUGGAUUUGCCUGACAUGUCACGGAUUCAAGGCAAACACUCCGAGACUAGUGUGGAUGAAAGCGAUUGGUUGAAGGCUUUGCGGUGGUGUCCUAGAGAACUCCUCGACUUGGUUAACUCGAAGGCCUGCAGAGGUGCUAUCAUGUUCAACGACUCGUUGACCAAUGAACAAUGUAUUCGAUUAGUUCACCAGCUAUCUGAAACCGUCUUUCCAUUCCAGUGCGCCCAUGGAAGACCUUCCUUGGUACCGCUCGCCAAUCUAGGA